GGAAUACUGAGUUGCUGCUGCAAGUGGUGUUGGUGGGCCAGCAGGGGGCAAUCUUCUCUCUGGUCAAAUAAACCCCAACGCCCCAGUGCAGUGACGGGGACACUGUGCUGUAGGAGAUUCCGUCUUUCGGAUGAGACAUUAAACCAAGGUCCUGACUCACUGUGGUCAUUAAAGGAGUACCAUGAUGAUUUUCACAUUUUCUCGGUUUUAUGUGCUAUUUGUACAAGAGGCAUUGAAGAAACACAAUGAGUAAAGUAUUAAAUAUGUCCGUUCUGUAUUUUUGGAAAAAUAUGCGUUUUUAAUUUAUCGUCCUAUUUUCAACCGGUUGAGAAAGUUGUCAACUUGGUGCGUCACGAACCCAGUAACCACUCCCCUUUCCACGCCCCAUAAACCCAUGGAUAACUCGAGACCCAUAGUUUGCGCCGCUGGCUUACAGGCAAGACAAUGCAAAUAUUUGACUAACGUUAGGUUCACUUAAAUUAGAGUUCCUUUUAAUGUCUAUUAGAUUAUUUCUGGUUAUAUUCAUUUAGCUAGCUAGCUAACGUUAGCUAACUAGGUAGUUUACUUUCAUAAGGCAAUGUUAUCGAUAACGUUAGCUAGCUAGUUUGUUUUUAUGAGGACGUUAUAGUUGUGCUUUUAUCUUAACUUGGCUAGCUAGAUAGCAAAAAUUAUAAUUGGAUAUAAGUCAAUGUCCUUACCUUAGCUAUCUAUCGAUACUUGAUAUACUACUAAGCUAGCUAGUUUGUGAAAAGUCUCCCAAAAAGAGCGUGUAUCAUGGAGGUAGCUAUGGUAACGGGGCACGGUCUGUCAAUCAUAGCUAACUGACAGUUCUCAUUACCACGCCCAGACGGUUCGGGUGAACUUUUAUAGUGGGAAAUUUAAGCUUAGAAAAAUACGUUUUAAAGUACAUUGAAAUGACUGAAUAAUAAAAAAUUAUGCACAUUUGUUUUGUUGUUGCCUAAAGACAACUGGGAAGUGUCACGUUCAACCACCAUGUUACUCCUUUAAAGAUCCUAUAACACUAUUCGCAAAGAGUAGGAGGUUCCCCGGUGUCCUGGCUAAAAUCCCAGAUCUGGCUCUCACAAAAACUUGCCACCUAAUCAUCUCCUGAUUUAAUUAGCUAAAAAAUGUUCUCUCCCCUCCAGUGUAUCUGCUCAGUGGCCAACAAUAGAGGAUUGUGAUUGUACUGGGCUGCUCCCAGGUGUGAAUGUGUAUGUGUGUGAAGCAGGGCGUUCCUGCAAAACAGCAUAUGUGCUCAAUGAACCUACCCUGGGUAAAUAAAGGUUAAAAUGGAAAAAUAAGACUGAAUAUGUGAAAAGGAAAACAGUCAUAAGAAUAUAUUGUAAUGGUGGUAUGAAUUUCCUGGAUUUUAGCACUACUAAUUAGAAUCAGAUCUUUAAGUGGUGUUGUUCUUUGUCUUACAAUUGGAAACAGAAACAUUUGUGACAGAACAUAUAAUAAUGUACAUAUUAGAAAAGUACUCAUAGAAGAUGAGUUGCCCAAGAGCACUUCUGAUCUGGAGACACUCCUCAUUUUCCAUUGGGAAAAAUCCUUGGUGUGUCCCAAAUAAAUUCUUAAUACCAAAUCAAGUCAAAAAACCACAUCUCAAGAUUUUACAUAGGUACUAUCAUUGCAAUUUGUUAAUAGGCUCAUUUAGAGCUGAAAUCUCAUCAAAUUGUUCAUUUUGUAAUAUAGAAGAAACUGGUUCAUUUAUUCUUUAGAUGUCCCUACUCUCUUUACUUUUGGGACACCAUAUCUCAUUUUAUUGCAUUCUGCAGGAUGGUUGAAAUUAAGGAAUUGGUGGUCUUGUUUCUGAACUGCAAUACAGGCAAAAAAUGGAUGACACCAUCAUUCCUUCUUGGUAGAUUCCAGAUUCAUAAACAAACCAAAUUUUAGGCUAUUCUCUGUAGAUCUCAAUAUUUUAUUCAACUCCUUAGUGUAAAUCCAAACAGAAAGGCAACAAAUACAUCCUGCAUUCUACAAAAAUUUAAAAAAGCUGCCAAAAGUAAUAACAUUUUUUCCCUUUUAAUUUAUUUCUUUUUUAGAAGUAUAUCUGGGACUUUUGUAAUAUUGUUGUUACUGUAUUUAAUAUCCAGUUAAUAUUGUCAUGUUUAAUGCAACAGCAACAAAAAGCUUGUGUGUGGCACCGAAAAAAAUGGGUCAACUGUAAUGAUUUCGGUGUGAAUACAUUUUAGAAUUUAAAUGUACUGUCUAAAAUAGUAUAAUUUGGCCAAGUUAAGGAAUUGACUUCAUGGGUAAAUUUUCCUUUUGGCACCAGAAACUUACUAAACUGCAAUACUUCCGGUAACCAUGACAGUUUGCACUCUUCAGGCGGAAUGUCAAUGCCUGCCCCCAGGUACCUGCGAUGCAUGGACCCUAAUAUUAGGGUCGUAAUAUUAGGAAUUUAAGCAGGGAAAUCAUCAAAUACCAGGAAAAUAAAACACAAUAUGCUUAGAGAAACAUAUGCCGCAAAGGGAUAGGUGAAGUUCGACUCAAGCUUGCAGCAUAGCUCUUUGUCGAGUUCAGUCAGGAGUGAAUCAUAGACAUAUAUACGUUGUAAAUCAUUACAGUCUGCAACAUAGACUCUCUAUGGUAUGCAAUCGCUUCCUUAUCAGUCCGGAAGUAAAUUGUAGAAUUUAGAACGGACAAUAGGUGGCUCGUAUGCGUAGCUCACAUGAUUAGGUUAUGGCACUAGUUAAGCUAUUUAUUUGUUUUCGGCAUAGUAGAACUGCUUAGCCAUUUCACGGUUACAACUUGUCUUUCCCAGAUAUUUAGAAUAUAACUGGUCAGGUAGCGAAAAUGUCGACCUGUGUUGCUUUCCAUACACGUUUAACUUCCAUAAUGGAUCAGUUAACUAAAGUGGCCGUAGCAGAAAUUUGCGGACUUGUAGAUGAUGGCUAUGCUCUUUUACACUUGGAACUGGCUCGAAGUAAAAAGGAGGUAGAAGGAUUAAAGAAGAAAUUACAUAUGAUGGAGCCGUGGAUUGCGCGAGGAUCUAGGGAGGGAACUGGUCACUCCGGGGGCGAGGCUCCCGUUUGCAGUGAAAGAAAAUUAGGUAAGUUGCAGUGCAGAAAUAUUUUUGUCGCGUGUAUCGCACAGCGUUAGCAAUGGAAUAAAAGUGAAGAAUACGGUUUGGGUUCCUUCGUUUAUAUAUUGGUAAUAUUAGCUGCACCUAUAAGGGCCAUUGUCACGUAAAACACCCUGUUAAAGCAUUCAUAGUAAUUCUCCACAGAUGACAUUCUUAUUAGUUUUGUAACUUUUUUUUGUUGUUGCUAAUUUUGGAAUAAAUGACCCUCCAUACCAGAUGAGGGAAUCUGUGGAACUGCAGAAGGAGAAUUUUAUGUUGGUUGUGGUAUGUCUGUCGGUGUGCGGAGAGGUGGAGAGCCAUUAUCUUUGGAUAACGAAGAUACUUCUGUUCAAUCUCCUGGGGUCUGUGGAAAUGGAGGAGGAAAGGCUUGAAAUGAUAAUCAUCAAAAAAGAAGGAAUGGAUGAGGAUGUGGAGACCAGUGACCCACAAGGAGGACUAAAUGAUAAUGAAGAGAGAGCUGUGGAGUCAGAUGGUGGUGAAAGGUCUCCUAUUGCAGACACACUGACCACACCUGCAGUUGACACAGAGCAGCUCACUGAGCAGCACAGCACCAGACACAGUGUUUGGGAAGACAGUAGCCUGAGCCCUGCUCUCAAGGCAGAACCAGAGGAUGAGACCUUAAACCUCCACCAUAAAGGAACUGAGCUUAAUAGUGGAAGACUGAACAGCCUGGGCAAUGAGUAUGUUUUGUUUGAGAGACCCAGUCAGUUGGAGACUUUCUUUACGCGGGGGAACUCAGAAACGGAGACAGAGGGUCCUGUCUGCUCUUACGCAGCCAAAACCAGCUCAGAGAACUUUCCAGGUCACUCAGAGCUACGACUUGGUCCUACCACAUUGAAAGUGGUAGAUGGGAAACCAGGUGUUUUAUUACUGGAGUCUGGAUCCUUUGAGAGGGAGGCUGGGAUGAGUUCUGCAUGGAACAAAGAGACCCUGCCCAUUUAUACACAAUACAGACGCAAUAAAAAAGACUGGAGCCCUGAAAAAUUGCAGUCACAGAAUGUUACCAAUGUAUAUGCCGCACAUGCUCAAAUAGCACCAAGACACAAUACAGUGGUUCCAAAAUCAAAGGCACUAGCUAUGAAUAGAUAUGUACCUAGCAAUCAAAGUUAUACCACAUCAUUAGGCAUGAAGGCCUAUCAUAAGGCUGGCACAAGGAAGAAACGAUUCAUUUGCACCUUCUGCGGAAAGGGCUUUCCUUCUCUUCACAACCUUGAAACACAUGUGAGAGUUCACACUGGAGAGAGACCAUUCAUUUGUGCACAGUGUGGAAAGAGGUUCACUCAGUCAGGUCAUCUGAAAGCACAUCAGAGUGUUCACACCGGAGAGAGACCAUACAUGUGUACACAAUGUGGGAAAAGAUUUACUGGGAAACAUAACCUUAAAGUGCACCAGCAGAGAACACACCCCACUGAAUCCAAUGUUGGAUGAGCCCCAAGGUUUACUAUUACUAUUACGGUUUAAAUAAAUUACACAUUAAGAAUUAGUGCUCAGAAUCUCUUUGGGGGAACUGCCUGGUUCUCUGCGUGUCUGUGGGUCUUUGCAGCUGAAGGGCUAGGAGGUGUGUGAAUAUGAUCUUUUUGUGUUUUUAAUGCCUCAGAGCCUUGGAUCUGAUGUCUCCCUCACCUAGACUGGGGCCUUUCAACCCACUAAAAUUUGUGUGUUGGACCACUGAGCCACCUUGAUGUUUGUUCAUCUCAUUAGUUUGAGAGAAAAAAUAAAAUUGAAAGUUCCUAUUAAAACAAAUGACAGAAAUCCUAACUAAUAUAUCCAUUGGUUUCUUAAAUGUGUGUUAAAUGUUAAAAUGAUCAAAAGAUGAUGUUUUAAAGGACCCAUGCAGCUUGGUGUUUUUAGAAUAGGAACAUGCCCUAACGGUGGUGGAAAAGAGACUUUUUAUAUGCUCUCAUACUGUUCUGAGGGCCAGUAGCUAUAGUACCCAUUUCACACUCAAGCUGCCAUGCUGUCUCCACAACCCCUGAACUCAUGCUGAGCUCUGGUGAUCAUUGUCAAUUGGUGUGUGAAUGAUACAAACUGAAUACAAUAAAAGUAUGUUACUUA